UGAGCGACAUCACCAAUGAAUACAGUAUGAAUAUCCGUCAAGAUGGCCGCGCAGUGGUCAAGAACACUAUAGGUGCUUACAAUGAUGUAACACAUUUAUGAUGGCAGCCAUCUGUCGAUAACCGGACUUCCGAGAUCAAGAAAUGUGCCAGGAAUGCCCGUGAGCACAAGAUGAGCAUAACAGAAGCAGCCCCUGACGACGGCGUGGCGGUGACAGGUGCUGUGCAGGACAACAGGGUAUUGGCCAAUAGAAUGGCAGCCUUGCGUAUCAGCCAACCGCUGCUCACUCCGCAGCAACCAUUGCAGCAUCUAUCGGGUGAACUGAGACCAUCGGAAAUUAGUGUCCAUGAAAUAUCAUGGUUUACAGCUGACCGGGCAAAACAACAAAUGAGGCAUCCCUUGAAGGAUGUACUGCGGAGGGCUCGAGGACUGCUGAAAAUCGUCAUUAUACUGACAGCCUACUUUUGCAAUGCCUUUCCUGCGCAGUGUGGAGUCCUAUACGCAACACGUUUGAGGCUUCAUGCUCCCAUCGUUAUUGUCGAGGGUGCACAACAAGCCAAUCGAGCAUUACCCCCUCAUUGAAGGCCUGAUUUCAUCUUUUUAUUGAUUCUGCAUGCCUAUACCUUUGACUUCGAAUUUUAGAUAUCUGGAGAGAUAGCUGGCGAUAACCGGAGGGAACACGAACGGAGCGGCAGGAUGUCACUUGCCAUUUCUUAGGCACAGCAUGUAAUAGACCCCCAUUGUGCAAGAAUACUUCGGAGAGUACAAGUUAUACUCCUAGCGGAGAUACAGCAAAAAGCAGUCUUGUGUUGCUGAAGAGUAUAGCGCCGUUGAUCGGGAUUUAAAGAACCCUCGGCCACGUUGAUACCCCCGAGAUAUCACUGUCGCGCGUUAAAAAGUGAAUUGGAACAUGGGGAGUUACGAUGUGACGAGUAGGAGACUUAUACCGCGAACAGAAAUACUUAGAUAUCAAUAGUCUCAUUGGAAAAACACAUGUUUCAC